CGAAGGUUGCUCGCCGCGGCCCCGGCGUGUUUCCUCCAGCGUGUGUUCCCAGCGACCUGGUGGCUAUGGAGGCCGUCUUGACGGAGGAGCUGGACCGUGAGGAGCAGCUGGCCAGACGGCAUCGCAAGGAGAAGAAAGAGCUGCAAGCCAAAAUUCAAGGAAUGAAGAAUGCUGUUCCCAAGAAUGACAAAAAGAGGAGGAAGCAACUCACCGAAGAUGUUGCUAAGUUGGAAAAAGAAAUGGAGCAGAAACAUAGAGAAGAAAUGGAGGAAUUGAAGCAGGCUUCCAAGGAGAACAAGAUAGAUUCUGUUGCUGCUAACAUUUCAGACUUGGUGCUUGAGACUCAACCACCUCGGAUUUCAAAAGCACAAAAGAGACGGGAAAAAAAAGCUGCAUUGGAAAAGGAGCGAGAAGAAAGGAUAGCUGAAGCUGAAAUUGAGAACUUAUCUGGAGCCAGACAUAUAGAAAGUGAAAAGCUUGCUCAAAUACUAUCAGCUAGAGAGUUGCAAAUUAAGCAGAUUCCAUCUGAUGGCCACUGUAUGUACAGAGCCAUUGAGGACCAACUGAAGGAGCAGGACUGUGCCCUGACCGUGGUGGCCUUACGAAGGCAGACUGCUGAAUACAUGCAAAGCCAUGCAGAGGACUUCCUGCCAUUUCUAACGAACCCUAACACAGGGGAGAUGUACACACCAGAAGAGUUUGGAAAGUACUGUGAAGAUAUUGUAAACACAGCUGCAUGGGGAGGUCAGCUUGAGCUAAGAGCUCUGUCUCAUAUUUUAAGAACACCAAUAGAGAUAAUACAGGCAGACUCUCCUCCUAUUGUAGUUGGCGAAGAAUAUCCAAAAAAUCCUUUAGUACUUGUAUAUAUGAGACAUGCGUAUGGCUUAGGAGAACAUUAUAAUUCUGUUACACAGUUGGUGCACACAGCUACUGAAAAUUGCAGCUAGUGCACAGAGUGUUACACAGUUAUGUUUUGCACUGUAUACCAGGCUGUAUAUACCUACCAAAUGCUAUAUUGUUCUGACUGCUACUGAAAAACACAACUACCUUAAAUCAGUUUAUGAAUAAUGGGGCUUUUUAGAAAUAUAUCAGAGAUAAACUUUAACCAGUGCCCUCAUAGAACUUUUAGAACUUGUAACUAUUGUGAAAAACAUCAUUCACUGACCAAGAUGUUACCUUAUUCACUGAUACUUUUAUUUAUUUAGCAUCCUAACCAAUCUGUUUAAGUUUUAAGAUACUUCCAAGGUAAUCAUUUCAGUGUAAUUUUUCUUAAGACGUGAAAUGAUCCAGUCAUUGCAGUAAUGUGGUUGAGUGACAGCAAACUUAAUGAGUGUUUUCAAAAUUAAUUGGUGGGGUGAAGGGGGUGGAAGCUUCUUAUGUGACACAUCAAGGUGCAGCCAUGAAGCUGGCUUCAACAAACAAGAAUUUUUGAAAAUUUACUCAGAUGGGAAUUAGCUAAGUUUUCAGAAGCAAAGCAGAGUCAAAGGUGCACAGGUGCUAGUAGCUGUUAGUUUUACAUUUCUAAUGAAUUAGGGACUUGCCUUUUGUUUGUAACUUUAAAAGGAGGCAUGGAUUUCUAUCUUUCCAAUUCCUUCAUUUUCCUUCAACUGCAGACUGGAGUUAGCCCUGGUAUAGCUUGACUCUCUCCACAACUAUGAGUUCUUAUGUUUUCUAGAGUUGCCUAUACCACAGCUUAUCUUCCUGUAGCCGUUCCCACUGAAGCACGCUAUGUGGUCUCUCACUAUUCACCUCAUAUGAGGUGAUGAUUUAGUAUUGCAAGGGGCCAAAGCCACAUGUACUUUUAGUUCUUUUCUGGUUUGUCUUAACAGGCUCUCCCAUUUUGCUCAUGUUCCAGGAUUAGAAGAAAGCCCCUGUUAAAUAUUAUUUUGUGAGUAAUAGCAAUGUCACUUUUUCUUCAACUUAGGCAUUUGAGGGGUUUUUUUUGUUUUGUUUUGUUUUGUUUUGUUUUGUUUUGUUUUGUUUUGUUUUCCCGAGGUCGGGUCUCACUCUAGCUCAGGCUGACCUGGAAUUCACUAUGUAGUCUCAGGGGGACCUUGAACUCACGGUGAUCCUUCUACCUCUGCCUCCCAAGGACUGGGAUUAAAGGCGUGCACCAUCACACCCAGCAUAUUUGAUUAUUCUUAUGUAAUGUAUAUGGGUAAAAUUAAAAGCCACUAUUCGGAAGCCAAGAGCUGCAUAGUAAAACCAGUAUAAAGUAAUUUUCUGUGGAAUAAUUUCCUAAUUCAGAUUUCAGAUCACCCCUGUUUUUUUUUCUAAGAGAAAAAAAAACAUAUAUAUGUAUAUAAUAAUUUGUUAUAUAAAGAAAUACUAUGAAAAUGAGACCUUUUUGGUUUGAUCUGUUUUUCCCAAGUUGGAAAUGUGAUUAGUAAGACUGAUCAUCGAGUUUAUAACAUUUGGAUAUUUGAUCCAUAUAUAAUUUUUAUGAGUAAAUAAUGGAUUAAUAAUAAAAGUGGAGACAGUCUCCUGAGCCUAGCAGGUGACAGUGUUGCAGGUGGCUUGGAAUGGGUCAACUAGAACAAGCCAGCACUUCCAUGCAUCAUUCCACUUCAACUGAUGAAAAGCCAUUCUGUAUGCUAUAAACAAUACAUUCUUGAGGUUACCUGUUUUUCGUAACCUUUGACCUGGAUGUUUUGGGGGUUCUGAAAUUUACAAAAGUAUGAAACUUUAAAAUAAAUGUUCAAGGUUAUUUUGAAGUAUUGUUACUUCAAAGUUAAGAUUUAAGGAAUAACAAAAUAUUAUGAAACUUAAUUAUUGUAAAUUCAAUUUUUAACAAAAAUAUUCUUACAUAACAGUGUCUUAACAAGAAGAAUUAAAAUAUCCUUAGUUAUAUAUUUCUUUUUCUUUUUAAUUUUAAAAUGGCCAGCAUAGUUAUAAGGAAAAUAUCUGGUCAGUUUCUCUUUCAUAAAACUGCAGUGUCAUUGUGGAUGUAACUGAGGAAAAAAAAUUUUAAAAUGGCAAAUGUUCAUUUUAAAACAACUGGUGAAUUAAGCUUGCUGUCUGAUGAUGGUCUAAUGGAAAUUAAUAAGCUUUAUUUAGUCCAAAUUUGAAAAAGUACAUGUCAAAGAGUUCUGGAAUGUCUUCAGCCAAGAAUUUUAUUCACUUAAAUAUGUUUACAACUUGUAUAAAGUAAAAAAAAAAAAAAACAAAAACAAAU